AUGACUCAGCUCGUGGAUACUGACCGAACUCCUGUUGAAGUAAUUGACCACCCAACAUACAGCUUCACAAAAGGUGUUGUCUACGAGCCAGAUACCAAAGACUGGAAUGAAAGCGCCCUUUUAGAAGAACUUAGCCGAGAAGGAGUCACAGCUGUCAAAAGAAUCACAACAAAGGAUAAGAAAACCGGAACUACAAAAAACACACCCCUCCUUAUUCUCACGUUCAAGGGAACUAUAAGACCGAAACACAUUCAUUUUGGAAUGUUAAGGAUCAAUGUUCGGACAUACUACCCUUCCGUGCUACAGUGCCGCAGCUGUGCUGCCUACGGUCACACUCGUAAGCACUGUUCCAGCGAGGCGGUGUGUAUGAACUGUUCGCAAAAACACAAUCUAGACGACGACACGGACUGCCCGAACCCAGCACACUGCUACCAUUGUAAUGGAGCCCACUCACCGAUCAGCAAAAGCUGUCCGGUCUUCCGGAAGGAGGAAGCAGUGGUUCGAGUCAAGAUAGACAAAAACGUGACGUACCGUGAAGCCCGCAACGAAGUCGAAGGAACUACUUUCCAAAAGAGCUAUUCGAGCCAACUCCAGCUAAGGCUUAACGAACACUCCGAUAAAGACCGGGAAAUCCAAUUGCUUCACAAAGAGGUUGAAAAUCUCCGAAAUCAGUUAAAAGACUUUGCCCUCCUGAAAUCCCAAUUGGAAGCAUUGCAAACAGUACAUCAAGCUGCCUUAAAAUCGAACCAACAACUCGAAAAAAUUAACUCUGGAGCUAAAACAAGUAUUGACUUAACUGAAUCACCUUUGAAAGCUAGGAUAUCCCGCAAGGACUCUGGAAAAAAAACACUCCCAACUAAUCGAUCCAGCUCGCAGAACACCAAACAAAUCGAAAAUCAAACUAUCCCAAGUUCCCAAAAGUUUCCAGAUCGUAGCAUCAGCAGGAAACGGACUAUGCAAACCUCCCCUAUAACUGAACAAGACAAGGCACCAAAGAAAACCCAUCAAGAUAGUCCGGAAGAAGAUAUUCGCAUGCGGAACUCUGGAAGGUUCUUCUCAGACGACGACAAUGACGACUGA